AUGAUGAUCUGGAGACUGAUGGUGAUCCUUGGUGGGCUGUGUGUCCUUCUCAACGGUGCUGAAGGCAGAAGCAGCCGCGGGGGAAAAAGGACGAUGACUUUCCAUCGGACUCAGCAGGAUGAGAGUCAGGGCAGAGCGCGCGCACGCUCAAGAAGGGAGACCGGCAGCUCUUCAGGUACCCCCAGACCCUCUCACGGGCCCCCUUUCACCUCAUGCCGGAUUCCUUUAACCCCAGCCGAGCACAAGGUUCUGGAUGACAACACGCACGAGGUGAGGUGUGCGCAAUGGUUUGGACAUGUCCAUCAGAGGACUCUUGUAGCCUUGAAAACCUUGCAGUUAUCCAACAAAAAUUCAGCUAUAUGAUAAAUUGUGUAGUAUAAAAUAAAACAUAAUUUCUGCGUUGUGUUCAAGAUUUUAAAAAAGAAAGUGUAACUGUAAUUUUGGGCGUAAUAAUUCCCCAAACUCCCAACAUCUGUGCCACCUGUUGGUGUACUAAACUCACCAGCUAUUUCCAUAUUAUAACGUUAUUAAGGGCCCCUCUGAACCCACAGUGAGCAGGGUGUUAUUUGACUCCACACAUUAUACCAUUUACUGUACUUCUUUGUUUAUUUAUUUAUUGUUAUUUAAGUUAGGACUGUUUUUUUCACUCUUGGAGUAAAACAGUCUGUGUCUGUCUUCUGCUUUUCUGAUAGACAGGGUUCAACGGUGAUGACGGCUCCUAUGUCAUCCUAACGUGGGUGGGCGAUGGUACAGGAGUGAGUAUUUUAACAUUAGCUAGCUACACAACAACAUUUAACUUAACAAGCGUCCCCAUGCAAAGAAAGAAAGAGUUUGAAUGAUUUUUGGCUUGUUGUUCAAAUUUUAAGGUGGUCCUCGUGCUGUCAACAUUCAGCGCGCCAAUCGACUCUUACCUUGAAGGAGGCUCUUCACGACUUUAUCGAAGGUGAGUUUUAGUAGGUCUCAGUCAUUUUAAGUAGCUAAUAUUAAACAAGAAACAGUUGCAAAUAGAGUUUUUUGUUUUAGAGUACCAAGAUAUACUCACCUUGUUCUUAUGGUAGGGGAGACCGGGGCUUGUUGUCACACUUUUUACACUCUUGUAUAUUUCUUGGAAUCAAUACAUCAUAUAUAAACAAAGCGUGUACCAGAUGAAAGACCAAAGUCCCAGGUUUAUUUUUCGUAUUCAUGUCGUUUUCGUAUCUUGUGUCAGUGCAGAGUUAUAAGUAAUCAAAUAGAGAGUGUGAACAUGUGACAUGUUACCCCACCAUCAGGUAAGUUGUCUCAGGACAUGGGGUAAGAUGUCACAGUAGAUUUUGCAGCUUAUAAAACAAAAACAAAAUUAUUGUUGUUCUCAUUUUUUUACAUGAAAGUGAACAUCAAAGUCAGGCACAGAAAAUGUUUAUCAUUGAGCUAGAAAAAGACCUUGAACAAACGUUAACAUAAAAUAUCAUGUUUGGAGUUUGGAGAGCUGUCUGACUCUGUAUUUCGGCUGGGGUGAAUGUUUUGCAGUACCGAGCCAAAGUACGAUAGUUAACAUUAAAGUCCUUUAUUGUACUCCAGAUUGAUUUUUUAGUUAGGGUCACCUGUCUGACUGACCUCAGCAUCAUGUCAGGAACUGCACUUCCAUGUUCAGUUUUUCUUUUGUAAUUCCUGACCAUGUCUUCUCGUAUUCUCCUCUCCUUUAAACCACUCUUUUCUCUCUAGAAAUAAAGUCAAAAUUUCUGUAUGACAACUGCUGAUAAGCAAACUCUCUAAGUUAAUUUCAAUCCCUUUGAAACAUCUGACAACUAACCCCAAAAUGACUGAAACAUGUUGCCACAAACUACCGUGUUUGCUAAUUCUAGCUCUAGCUUAAAGAGCUGAAAACAGAACAAUGACUGGGGUAUGACAGGAUGUCUUAAUCUCUCCUCUAACAAGUCCACAUGUAUCACUGCUAGGAUUUUUAUCUGGAAGAAGCUUAUUUUAAAACAUAUAAAGUUAUUUUUUUUACUUUGGGUUGUGCGAAAUGGUUAAUUGGCGCUCAUCUCAGCUCGCAAUGUUCUCUUUUCCUCUCACAACCCCAGACCAUGUAAAGGAGUAAAACUACUAUUUCACUUUUUAGAUGCGCCCUCUGGUGGCAAAGAUAAUUGCAACGUGACAACUUACCCAUGUGACAACAAGCCCCGGUCUCCCCUACACUUGGCCCUUUUAGUUUAAAACAAAAAGCACAUAAAGCAUCUGCAACAUUAUCUGUUUAAAAAGGAUGCUGUCUCUUCAGUUCCGCCAAUUGUUGCCAGAAGAAAAAGUUGCAAUUUUGCGCUGGUGCAUCCAAAACAUGCGCAGAGGCGACCUGGCUGGUAGAGCUGCUGAAUCGAUGUCACACUCUUUCCUACGUCAAAACAAGCAUUCAGCUUCGUGAUAAAACUAAGAUCCCCUUAAAUAAUUGAUUUUAAUCUGUUCAUAUCCGGCCUCAUGUUCAGUCUUUCCCUUUCUGUCUCAUCAGCACUGAUUAUGGAAAAUCCUUCCAUGACAUUUCUGACCACAUCAACAACACCUUCAUUAAGGAGGAGUUUGGAGUCAGCGUUGGACCUGGAAGCUCUGUAAGUCAUCAUUAUGAGUGGACUGUAGCUGCUAAUGCAAUGACCGAGCAGUUACAGUUUGAGUUUCUAGAUGUGUGAUGUUCAGAAAGUGAGAGGACAUCUCACUUUUCAAUUUGCUGUCAGAGACGUAUUUUUGCAUUGGAUUGACAGUUUUGUGACCAGCAUGUACAAAGACACCACAAGAAACGGAAACACAGAAAUAAUUUCAAAAAUGGAUUUAGUGGAGGCCACUUCACCUCACUUCAAAUCAAUGCUGACUUGAAGCCUCAAGUCAGCAUUAUGGUCAGUUAAACAAAUUUUUUUUGUAAUUAUGAUCCUUUAUUUUUUCUUUCUCUCCUAGAAUCAACUGUUUAUGCUUCGAUAUUCUUCUAAUGACAGAAUACAUGUCUUAUUUUUGCAGGUUUAAAAAAGGAGGGAAACACAAAAGAAAAUUAUGAGGCAGGAUUGCAUUGGUUGGAGGUUCUGGUUAUUGGUUUUGCUUGAUUUUGGAUCACUUGCUCAGCCUUUCUCUAAAUGGCUUUAAAACUCCUGUGAGGAGUUUUUAACUGGUUAUGAAAUCGACUGAAAUUCUUAUUGAUGCCUUUAUAAGAGCUACUACACCAAAAGCAAACUGGACCAUCAGCAUGAGGACUAUUUCUCUAGAGUUAUCUUGAUGUCUUGAACAGCUGCAAUGAGGUGAUAUGAGAACAGGAUCUAGCACACCUGUACUAGACAAAAUAAUCAAAGAGAUAGUUCCUCACUGGAGCUUUAAACAAACCCAGUAUAUUUUGAGGUUGCAGAUUAUCCCCGUUUAAAUGAGUAUUUUUAUCAUCCACACUAAUUCAAUUUGAUUGACAGGUGAUACUGACCGCAGACAUCCCUGUUCUUGACCAUCAAGGCGGGAUCAUCUUCACUUCUACGGACGCCGGUGCGACCUUCAAGUUCAUCCAGCUGCCCUUCCACCUGGUUCAGCCAAUCACGUACCACUUUGACAACCCCGACUACCUUGUGGCUCUCAGCAUCGAUGUGAGUCACAAUCUACUCUUUAAAUGCUCUGUCUUCAUCAUGUUGACAUCAUUUCGACAAUGAAGCUUUGUUUAAUAGCCUGGGCUACAACUUUUACUUACAGUGACACACACACACACACUCAAGUUUCCAGCACACACCUUAAAGUAAAGGUAAACAUUUCUUCUGUUCCUUUUUGGCUUGCAGGGCGGUCUGUGGCUUUCUCUGGACUUUGGCGCCAAGUGGACAAAGGUUCAUGAUGGAGUGCAUUCUUUCUCAUGGUGAGGAUUAACAGCAAACUAAUCCAGGAACCAAACCCCUGUGAAACCACAUGUUACAUGUUUUGAAUGAGUUUCUAUGAUAUGACACGCAGGAGAAUUUAUUCAGGAGAGCUUUCAUUGAAACUAUUGUGAUAUUUUCUGUGUUUGUGACACUUUUCUACCUUCCACUUUCAAUCAGGGGAGCUGGCAAUAACUUGUUUCUCAGCUUCAGCCGGACAGAAGCAGGUAGGAAGAUAAAUUUUCAUACUGUUAAUAGAAAAAAGUUAGAGAAAGUUGACACACAUGAUUGUUUUGGUGUAAAAGUACAACCAGACACACCUUGAAACCAAAACAAAGUGUAAUACAGAUUUUUAUCUCUUCUUACAAGGUUCUGCUGUUGCUGGAUAUAAUGUCUUUUUCUAAUUUGAGUGUUCUUAUUAUAAAGAAAUCCGACAGUAACACACAAUUAAAGUUCCUAUGAAGAGUUUUUUUGUUACCAAAACAGACUGAAAUUCAUGUUAUCAUUAUUAUUGCACUUCUAUGAUUUAUCAAACAAACAAGACCCUCAGUGUCAAGACUGACAGUUUUUACACUGAGAUAUUUAAUGCCUGAAACCAGUGGGAGGGGGUAGGUGUCAGGAAGUAGCCCGCUUUGUAUCCAUUCACAUUUAAUAUUUACUAUAAAUUAUAGAUUAGACUAUCGAAAGUCAGUGGGAUGAGUUUUUUUCUGAGGAGAUUCUACUUAAGCAUGUCAAAGACAAGAUAAGCGAAUACUGCUUUGUCCACAGGGGGCGCCAAAAUCAACACAGUCAAAAGAUUAAGUAUCUCUCUGUGGUACUUUUGCUGUUCAGUUUAAAUCUUCAUUGUCUCAAAACAGGAAUAUCCUCAGGCAAUACUCAGGCAAGAAAGUAGCAUUGAAAUGAUUAAAGAACAGUACAAUAAUAUGCCAAUAUGCCCAUCUAUGUUUCCCUACUAAAAAAUCACUGUAUCACUGAAGAGUUCAAGACAUAUAUCCAGCUGAAGUCAGACCUCUUUUGCUUCAGAGAUCCAAAUAUUUGUAGUAAAAUAAUACCAGAAUAAAUACAACUUGAAAUUAAUGAAUAAGAACUUUAGUGUAUCAUUUAUUAUAUUCAAGUUAGUAAGUCUGACUGCUAUUUUAUUCUUCUUGUGGUAAUAGUUGAUGCUGAAGAGCGUGGAGAUUUGGUGCUCAAGCGGACGACAGAUCUGGGGAAAACUUUCACAAUAAUCCACGAGGACAUCUUCAGCUUCGGCUACAUUGGAGCUUUUCUCUUCUUCUCUGUGAUGGAAGAUCCGGUAAGAUGUAUGAAUAAAAAACAAACAAACUUAUUUUGAAUCAAAUAUUAGUCACUAGAUGACACUCUGUUCAUUUGGUUCACCGAAGUGUUUGAACAGUGAUGCUUCAUUUUCCUCCCAGAGAUCCCCUCGUGUCAUGUAUUUCUCAUCAGAUCAGGGCGACACCUUCAGUCGAGCUCUUCUGCCCUCUGCUUCCACUGAGCAGGUAAAAAACACACUCAAAACAAUAUGAAAUAAUCAAAUGAGAGAAAAACAGAAUUAGUUAAUUGCUCUGUAGAUUUUAAAAUACUCGUACACAGGCUGAUAAGUGAGAUAGUGAGAGAGGGGCAUUUUGUGAUGCUUGUCAAACAGACUGUAAUUAAUAUUAAUGCCUAUUCAUGAGCUCCAAAAUCACACAAGACUAUUUGGAUAAAGAUUGACUAUAUGACAACACCAGUGUAAAAUGCAGAGGGUCAUAUUGUGUUGAGGUUUAUUACUCAGGAGAAGGGGCUCCAAGAAGUAAGCCACCACAUUGAUGCCAAAGCAUGCUGAAGACAAAGUGAAGAAAACAAGUCUGAGCGGCAUAUUUUUUUUUUUAGCAGGAUAAGUCACAAUUAUUAGUUUUAAGAAGUAGUCCAGUACUUUUUGAUAAAUGAAUCUUGUAGAUAGCUGGUUUGAUUGAAAAGACUGAAUUGAUAAAUUGAAUUUAAGACAACAUAAGAGUUUUUUGAGGCAUAAAAUCCCUCCGUGGUUUGUACAUACAGUCAAACAUACCACUUCUUGAAGGUAUUUGAUAUACCCUGUCGUUCCUGUCUGACACCUAACCCGUCUCAGUGAUUACAGGCAUUAAAAAAGACAUUUCAGUUCUGUGAAUUGAGGUGUUGAUGGUUUUAUUUGCUUUCGUAGGUCACAAAGUCUUACUGACGUUAAUUUCAGUCUUUUGAAUCUAUUCAAAAAGUCCUCAGUGGAGCUUGAGGGUAAAUUUAAAGUAUGCAGGUUAUAAUCCUGUCUGUAAUUUUCUGUCAGAAUAUUACUCACUUGUCUUUUGGGUAUGUAGUUUGUGACAUCAGUAAAAUUUUUGUCAUUUUUCCAUUGACAUCUUUGGCUUCUCCUGUGAUUUUCGGCUCUUGUCUUGACUUAUUAAAGAGAGAAGUGUGAAGAUAUCAGUUUAACAUUCACUCUUUUGACAUGUGUCUACUAAAGUUUGAAGCCUGCAGAUGUGAAGUGAACACAGUUAGAGAAAUGCACGUAAACAUUUUGUGGUUAAACAUUAAGGAAGUUAAAGUAAAAAUAUUAAUGGUAACAUCCACUUUCUUUCACUAACACCAAGUAAGCACACUUCCUCUGCUGAAACCUCCCUGCACACACACUUACACCCACACACCCACUGUAGUAUUUGUUGACAGCACAAACACACUCUCUCUCUCACGGCGAUUAGACAAGGAAUAUCGCAAAGGUUUAAAUCAGUCAUCACAAAGUUUUUGAUUUCAUUUGCACUCUCAGAUGUUCUCACCCACAUGCCCUUUCUCUCCCAUGUUCUCUCUGUCUGUGUUUGCAGUUUUACUCCAUCCUGGACGGAGAUGAAGAAAUGCUCUUCCUGCACGUUGACAACCCCGGAGGUAACGCAGAAACAUAAAAACAUACUUGACACACAUUCAUAAGAGCACACUUUGAGAAGGAAACAGACAGAGUUCAUGGCUUCAGCUUCUUUUGUUGUAAUGGAAAAGCUGGAUGGCGAAGUUUGAACUGGUUUCACAAGUUCUUGGUGUUGCUGACAAAUCAUUCCAUCACAGCGAGUGUGUGUUUGUGCAUGCAGUCCUUUCUUCCUCACUCUUUCUCCCUCCCCCUUCAUUGUGGUUUCUUUUUUUUUUCUUUCUCAUGCACAUCUUUUUCUGUUUCCUUCACGUUAUUAUUACAUUUCUCUCUCUGGUCUGUUAGCUGAUGGGACUUUUGUGCUCCUGAGAUAAAUAGGGGAGAUAUGGGGUAGAGGGGCUUUAUCUUUUGUUUCCUGGAGGUGAAGAAGAUUUAGUUUACACUGCAGAAGCUGACAAACUUAUCUUGGGAUCAGGGUGUAACACGCACAAGCACAAAAAUACACACACUGGAAAUUUAACCCUGUCCAUCAUCCAGGUUGCCCUUCAUGGCUCUAGCUGACACGUGUGAGCUUCACACAGUUGAGUUAUGAUUGAUGGAGACUUGUUUUGAUGCUGCUGUUGAAAGGUUUGAGUCAGCAUGGCAUCACUCUUUCACAGGUGCUGACUCUCUCUGAAAUCGAUGUAUCCUCAUCACAAUGACCAAGUGACAGUUAUUGGGAGAGCUUGACGCAUCAUUUUUAAACCUGCUGCAGUCAGUUGGCGUGUUUCUGAUUGAAUAGUCUGCUGGAUUACAAAAAAAGAGACUUCUGUGAGUUGCAACAACAGCGAGUUAUCACAGUAAGACAUGAGUAAAAGCUGUUUUAUUUUCGUCAAAUGAAGAUAAAUAUGGUUGAAACGGUCCGUUUAAACAAGAAGAGACCAAUUAUACUCAACUUGACCUUUCACCAUGUCACUGAGACACCUUUGAGUUAACUUUUCAUGGUUUGCAGCUCAAAAAUAAACAUUUAUAGUAACUAAAAACCCUUAUUUCAGCUCUAUCAAGCCUAAAACUGAUAAACUGAGGUUUGGCUGUUUUCUGGUGUCAUAAAACUAAACUCAGCUUGUGGGUGUUACUUUUUACACAGCUUUAUAAUUACUAUUAUGCCACAUGCUGUUUUAAUGUUACUUACAACGUGUGGUUCCAAGCCUUUAUGAAAAGUCUAUAGAAGGAAUAUUUCCACUUUUCACCAACAGUCGAUGCAAGAUCAGCUCAUACUGGACUUUGUUUACAGAGCAGUCAUUAGUGACUAGUGACAGCUACAUUUCGGCUGUUUUUGUCCUAAAGUUUCAUCAUGCCUAUGACUUUGAGAGAACAUUUCUGUAAAACCAAAAUAACACUUAUAAGCAACUUUCGAAGACAAUAAAGUGCAAAGCAAAGGGAAAGAAACUCUGGGCAGUCAAAUGGAUUUUCCAGCCAAAGGACAAUGUGAAAGAGCUUUUGGGUGGGUGUGUCCUACAACAUUGUCCAAUAGGACAACAAAGUCUGAGAUCAGCUUAUAUCUCAGUUGUGAAACUUUGCAGAGGUUUAGUAUAGACAUCCAAUGUUGAAACUAUGGCAUGGAUUGCAGGACAAGAUCUUACCCCUAUUACUGCAUCUGAAGUGGUUGAGGACCAGUAGCUCUCAGGCUGCUCUUACACCAGUCAUCCUUAAAUAUGGUUAUUUCCUGACUCUCAGGACCAGCCUGAGAAAGAAUCUAAUGUUUUUGCCACAGUGUCAACAGGCAGAGGUGAAAUGACCAUCGGCUGCUGGAAGAUUUUGACCAAUCAGAAUCACGCUUUGAAACACAACCUGUUAAUAACAUUAAAUAACUCUGACAGCAUGUUUUAAUUCUCCCUCUCUUUCUCUUCAGACACUUUCUUUGGAACCAUGUACACAUCAGAUGACCGAGGCAUCUUGUUCUCCAAGUCACUGGAGCGCCACCUGUUUGACGGGCACAGAAAAAGCGAUUUCACCAACAUAACUUCUCUGAGAGGAGUUUACCUCACAAAUAAACUAGAUGAAGGUAACUUUUGAACAUGUUUUCUCUGACUCUCCCACUCUCUGAUUUACCAGUCUUCCUCUCCUUAAAUAUUUGAUUGUAACUUUAAUGAGGUAUUUUGUUCCAGAUGGUCGUAUCAGAUCUGUUAUUUCCUUCAACAGAGGAGGAACGUGGGGACAACUUAAAAAACCUGAUAAUGUGGACUGUGUAAAGCAGGUCAAGAAUGUAUGUAUGACUGUUAAAAUAAAUGAUGUGCAGUAAUGUGUAAUCUACAAUUGAGACAGUAUUAAUAAAAAAACAUUGUUUCCAUCAGUGCAACCUUCAUAUUCAUGGGGAACACAGUCGCAACAACCGCAUCGUCCCCAUGCUGGCUCUGUCUGAACCCACUGCUGUCGGCUUGGUGAUUGCACAUGGUAACUAAACAGCCAUGUACCAAUAAUUAUUUUUACUAAAAGGUCUCAAAGUCUGAAUUUCUACUCCCUCAUUUUUAAUCUGAUGUGAUGAUCAAAAUGUAUUUCUUCUUGUUUCGUAGGUACAGUUGGUGACUCUCUGUCGUCAUCCCAGCACCCAGAUGUGUUUGUCUCCUCAGACGGGGGUUACAGCUGGAGGGGGACGCUGAGAGGGCCGCACCACUACAGCAUACUGGACUCCGGGGGUCUUAUUGUGGCUGUGGAGGCCCAGCAUGAAGGACAAGUCAAGACUAUCAAGUACUGGGGGGGUAUAUUAUACAUAAACAAUGGUGUUUAAAACUGUUUGCUCCAAAUGAUACAUAACUUUUUGCACUGUUUCUCGUCCUCAGGUUCUCCACUGAUGAGGGCCGGUGCUGGAAGUCGUACAACUUCACUGAGCAGUCGUUCUUCUUCGCAGGCCUGGCGUCUGAACCUGGAACAAAAGCCAUGAAUGUCAGUGUGUGGGGCUUCAGACCUGAGGAGGACAGGCAACCCAUGUGGGUCGCUGUAACCAUUGACUUCCAGAGUCUAAUUACAAGAGAGUGUGAGUCAGGAUGCUUUAAAGCCAUCUACAGCUAUCAUUUGUGCUUUCACAGAGCAAACAGCCUCUGUAAUGUGUACUUCCAGUGAAGUGGAUCAAUAAAGCAGCUUCCUGUGGCAGACACUUACACGGCCAUGACUUGAAACUUCCCCAUAACCUGAGUUACUAAGAACUCAUGACUCAGCUUCAGAAAUAGGUUCCUUGUCUUGUCUUGUUUUCAUUCUCAGAAGUCUUUAUACCCCUUUGAUAGCGGGCAGGGAGAAGUGAGUUACCUUAAAAGCACUAAUAAGGAUUUAUUUGCUGAUUUUAUUGCAAAUCAAUCAGCUGUGUGAAAUACUGGAUUCUGAUUGGCUGAAACAGCACAACACAAAUAACAAACAAGAACAAGGACAACAGUUGGAAGACAUCCCAAGGUUGCUCUGUCUGUCACGGUUAAAGUCUGAGUGGUCGUCCUUUAAUUCACAGGUAAUGGAGAGGAUUAUGAGGAGUGGUUGGCUCACUCUACAGAUGAAGGAGACUUGGAGAGAAACGGCUGUGUGUUGGGAGUUAAAGAGACGUACAGGAGGCUGAAGAAACAAUCCGUGUGCAGAAACGGGAAAGGCUUUGUGGUGAGCAAGAAGCAAAGCCCCUGUUUGUGCACCAGAGAAGAUUACUUAUGGUAUGUCACUUAGUUUUAAAAGUUAAAAAGACUUCUAAGACAAAUUUCUCACCGUUACUCGGCCCUGUCUUUCUCAACAGCGACUAUGGUUACUAUCGCCAUGAGAACACCUCAGAGUGUGUGAGACAAUCAAGCAAUCCAAAUAAAACCUUAGAGCUCUGUCUGAAUGGAGAGGAAGACGAGCUUCUAACAGCGGGGUAAUGAUGUCUACACACACUUCUCUGAAUCACAGAAAUAAGCCUCCUGUAUAAAGUCACUCACUCAUCUCUAUAUCUGUAGGUAUCGUAGGGUCCCUAGUGACAGAUGUGAGGGUGGGUUCUCUCCUCAGCUAGCAGUGCAGACAGUCAUCAGACCCUGUGGUGUAAAACCCAGCCCCGGUCCACCUGCAAGGUCCUCAUCUCCAAUCACCCACUUUGACACACCGGUUGGUAGACUCGCUGCUCUCAUCUGUGUUUGAUUUGUGUGUCUUCAAAUGAUCUUUUUUAGACAAUGUUUUGAUUUAUUUUCCAGCGAGAACGGCUGGUGUUGAUCCUGGUAUGUGCAGGAGCAGGAGUCAUCGUCCUGAUAGCUAUCAUCUCCGCUGUCAUUGCUGUCAAAAGGGUCGUGUACAGAAACAGGUCAGUUAAACUGUGCUAUUUGUGCUCUUCCAUACAUCACCACUUCGCCUCCACUAAUAUCCAUCAAGGAGGGGCCACUGUUUAUGUUAGCUAGAGUAUAAUGUACAUACAUACAUACGGCAGAUGUUUGGUGGCAGCCUAAAGCUAACAUAAGCUGUUGUUUAACCAUAGCUCAUAUAGGUUAUCAAAUAUGGCCAGAUUUCCCUCCAUGUUUUUCACUGGCAGCUGUGCUGAUCAGUCACUGUGUAUUAAAUAAAUAAUACAACCAUUUUAAAACCUUUUAUUCCCUGAUUUAGUACAACUUAAACACAACCAGUAGUGUGGCGGUAUAUAAAUAAUAAAGCCUCUUAUCUUCAGUGUGGUUCCUACAGAAAAUGGCUCUUAGGAGACCGUUGUUGAUAAAAUUGGUCAUUAUUGUUUCAUGUCUCCAUCUACAGGGCACCUGUGUAUCGUUUUUCUAACCUCCAGAUUCAGGAUGAUGAAAACAGCGUCACGACAGAUCUUCAAAGCGCCACCAGCAGCAACGGCACCACCUGCCAACAGGACUCAGAUGAUGUGAGAGUUAUCCAGAGCUGUUUUGGUUUUUACAGUCCUUUGAGUUUAUAAAACGUGCAUCAUUUCAUUUUUUUCUCCUUUCCCUGGUCAGGAUCUUCUUGAAUGA